CCAGGAAGAAACAGAAGUGAAAAAGAAGUUACUGAAAAAGAAGUUAAGGAACGAUUUGAAGGAUCAAAUUCAUUUCUUAACAAGAUCAAGUUUGAAUUAAAUGGCUGAUAAACAGAUCAGUUUACCUGCCAAGCUGAUCAAUGGAGGGAUAGCUGGGCUGAUUGGGGUCACCUGCGUAUUUCCCAUUGACCUGGCAAAAACUCGCCUGCAGAACCAGCAGAAUGGCCAGCGGCUGUAUACCAGCAUGUCUGACUGCCUCAUUAAAACAAUUCGCUCAGAAGGCUACUUUGGCAUGUAUAGAGGGGCUGCAGUGAACCUGACUCUAGUGACACCAGAAAAGGCUAUCAAACUGGCAGCCAAUGACUUCUUCCGGCAUCACCUCUCCAAAGAUGGGAAGAAGCUGACGCUGCUGAGGGAGAUGCUGGCGCGCUGCGGCGCGGGUACCUGCCAGGUGAUUGUCACCACUCCCAUGGAGAUGCUCAAAAUCCAGCUGCAGGAUGCGGGGCGAAUUGCGGCACAGAAGAAGCUGAUGGCAGCGCAGGCCCAGCUCUCCUCUUCCUCUUCCUCUGCCGCGGGAGUGGGAGCAGCGGGGCCAGCCGUGGAAACGCGCACCACAGCGACACAGAUAACGAGGGAGCUGCUGCGGAGCAAAGGCAUCGCGGGACUCUACAAGGGCCUGGGAGCCACACUGCUAAGGGAUGUCCCAUUCUCCAUUGUUUACUUCCCACUGUUUGCAAACCUGAACAAGCUGGGCCAGAAGGACCCCAAUGCCAAGGCUCCGUUCUACGUGUCCUUUCUCUCCGGAUGCGUGGCUGGCAGUACAGCUGCGGUGGCUGUCAAUCCUUGUGAUGUGAUCAAAACGCGGCUGCAGUCCUUGCAGAGAGGAGUGAACGAGGACACCUACUCAGGAAUCCUGGACUGCACCAAAAAGAUCUGGCAGAAGGAAGGGCCCAUGGCCUUUCUGAAAGGGGCGUACUGCCGAGCCCUGGUCAUUGCUCCUCUCUUCGGCAUUGCACAAGUCGUCUACUUCAUCGGCAUCGCGGAGUUCCUGCUGGACAUGCUCCCCAAGCACCGGGCCUAGCCCCAGCGCCCCUGCCUCUGCCCUCCUGCCCUCUGAGGCACUCAGUUCGUCCCCGUGUUUGUCACCCGUGUCGACCGAUGUCAGAGCAACAGCACAAAGGGUUCCCGCAGGGAGGCCGAGGGGAUCGGCCUCCAGACGAGCAAAUGCCGGGAGGGAGAGGGUCCCUUUUCUGUCUUCGUCUGGAACCUGCCCCCUCCUGCUCCUUCCACGGACAAUACCUAAUUAUGCUUUUUUUUUUUUUUUUUUUUUUUUUCCCCUUUCCUUUUUAUUUUGUUGGUUUUUUUAAAAUUGUCAUUCUUAAGGACACUGGUAAGCACAGACUGGGCUUGCAGACCCAGAAGUCUCUUCCCAGCUUUGGGGAGGAAGAGGGAUGGGAAAGAAAUAACCUGAAUCCUCAUCCACCCUGGUCUCUCUCUCUUCCUGGAGUUGCCCGCUCUCUGAGGAUGAGCUGGAGGAGCAGCUGUGUCCCCUCAGCCCCUCCUCAGCUCUGCUGGCUCC